AUGUACUGGUCCAGAUACGCGUACCGGACACAGUUGGGCCAGAUUGGAUACGGCUCAGUGCCUCAGCCCCGCCGGGGUGGGAGCGCCGGGCAGGGCGGCGGCGGGCGCGAGGGUACUGAGGCGGCCUCCGCAGCGGGCACACCGGGGAUCUCGACGAGCGUGGAGGGGUCGCGCGGCAGUCGGUGGGGGCGCGGCUGCCUCCUCGAGCCUCGUCGCCAUGGACUCGCCGACGCCCCCCCGGACCACCUCCCAGAAGCUCUUCCUAGUCCUGGCCCCACCGCCGAUGCCGGCGCCCCGCGGGAGGUCGUAGGGGAAGGCGAGGACGGCGAGCCCCGUGGUGACGAGCAGCGCGCAGGGGAGGAGGUAGGUGACGCGCCGGUGACAGGGAGCCCAUGGCAGAUGGGAUUUGGGGGAGAGAAGAAGAACGAACAAAUUGGGGAGGCCGGGAGGGCGUGA